ACCCGAAGGCAUCGGAUCCAUCAUGGUUUGACACAGAACAGACCGUGCCACAACGGAUUGUAAGGUGUGUAGUAGGUUGUGUAGAUUGUGAGCUCUUUCGACAGGUCGAUUGGUCGAAAUCUAUGUCGGCGGUUAUGCACUUACGCAAGUUUCUAAGAUAUGUUUGAGUCGCCUAAAGCGGUUAGUGCAAGGUGAAGGCAUAUACGCUCAUGGGCUUCCCACGCUGCAUCGAUACACAUCAACACCGCUUUAACCCCACCUGAACAGACUCGGUCAGUUGUGUACCUCAAUCGCCACAAUGAUGUCCUCCUCCAGUUCACCUGGGACAGACCUAGGGCUCAGGCGCUUCUUCACCAUUCCGCGCGAGACAAUCCGAGCCAGCCUUUCGAUCCUCGAGAACAUCACUUCACGCGAAGGGCGGAUCGGCAUCGACCAAAAGCUUGUGGAAUUCGGUCGGAACAUACUCGAGGAUCGUGCUUACCAGUGGCCUCUGCCCGUUCAAGCUGAGUCCGACCUGAGCUUGAAGCUUCAUAAACUAUACUUUUUGACAAUCGCGCAACUGAUCCAGUUUGACUGCGAGAGUCGCUUGGGUAAUCAAGGGCUGGCCAAAUAUGUGGUCCCGUUUCCGCAGUUCUUUACCCACAGCGUCCACGUCGACGGGAGGGGAUACCUUGAGGAAGGCGACACGCUCAACAUCCGCCAUUUGGUGAAUGCUACCAGAUCGAGGAGACUCAAAAGGAUGGUGUACCAGGACUACAUCCUUGAUUCGCCCGAAUGUGAUGAAUCAUUUGAAAAGUUCAUCGCAGCAGCCGAGUUCAAAAGCGAAUUCUAUGCUCAUGACCAUAUUCGCCAGACUUGCCAGCCCGUGCUGCCAAAGAUUCCCCACUAUCUGAAAAACGUACUUUUCGUGAAUGAGUUUCGGCAGGACAAAACGUUGAGCGAACACAGUCGUGGGGAUGAAAUUUACGUCGACAAGGAACAUGGCUCACCCAUGCGGCGUUGGUCGAUCAACGACAGUGAAGUCUCCGAGCCUAUUCUUACACCGCCUGACACUCGUGGUUCUUCCCCUUUUGCCGGACAUAUGACCGCAGAGAGCGACAUCAGCACCGAACAGCUCAAAGUUUCGUACAUCGCCGUCUUUGAGACCCGAAACGAGAAGGUAAACAUGAUGAUCGACACAAACGAUACACCGGGCAAGCAGGUGGAUGCAGUUAGAGAGAUAUGGUCAUGGCUGGCAAACAAAGGUUACGGCAAUGUUCGACUUCAGGAUGUGGUUGAGUUGGCACAGAAAAUGGCGGCGAAAUGAGAGUGGAGUGGCAUGACUCCUGCUAGACACGUUACGAAGACUAUAUGAGACUGAGAAGGAUUGAGUGGAAGAAAUCACGAUGUCGGACAUAUUGAUGCACAUGUU